GGGUUUCACAUUUUUAUAAAUACUAGAAAAAGUAUGGCAUUUCUUACCGCAAUUCCUUGAACACAUCUGCGAUCUGAAUCAUCGUCUCGACAGUAAUAAGCAAAAUGUGUUACUGCAGUAUACGUUGCUGUUUCUUUUACAGUCUGGUAUUCUUCUCUCUCGUUUACUAUUAUAACGAUGUGAUGGUGGACUAUCUGAUCUUUGAGGAGCAGCACCUUUUGGACAGGUACUCUGUGAACACCAAGGGCUGUCGCAUGCUGACCAUGGUUCCCAAUGAACGUGAUGUUUUGUUUCUGUGGCGAGGCCUUCGGAAGGACUUUUGUUCCAGCGAACUGGACCUAACGUCCUUCAGCAAUGGUGAUUAUAACUACCUGAGGACCGAGGUAGAUAUGGAGUUCCUAAAAGCGAGAUAUGACAUCGAGAGUUUGGAGAUCUUCAAGUGCCAAUAUCAUGCCGUGGAGCGGAGUACCGAUUAUGACAAUCGAUAUUUGUAUAGUCGGGAAUUUCCGCUUCUUAUAGAUGGUAAUAAUACCAUUGAGCCCCAUGCGGAUAUCAUAAGAGCCGAGUGCUCUAUCAACGGUACGAGGAUAUAUAAUGGAGUUCACUUCUAUGUUCAUCCUUCAGAUGAAUGGCUGCGGAAUACACAGGGACUUCCUCGUCUGAAGUUAGCUUCCCAUGCCGGCAGUUUGUCCGUUUUGAUAGUGGGUCUGGACUCCAUCUCCGAAAUGCAUUUCUCUAGAAGUAUGGCUCGUACAGCCAACUUUCUACUAUCCCUGCCGCAUGUGAAACUCAAGGGCUUCAAUCGGUUAGGAAAUGACACCUUCGACAGUCUGAUGCCCUUGCUAAGUGGAUUGAGUGGCCAGGAGAUGAGGGACUUCUCCUCGAAUCUCAGUAGUCUGGAUAGUUGCCCCUUUAUAUGGAAGGUUUUCCAGCAAGCCGGCUAUGAAACGGCUUUCGGGGAGGAUAAUAUAGACAAGAGUAUCUUUGCCAAGGGAUUCGAAAAGCAGCCCACGGACUUUUAUCUUCGACCUGCUUUGCUCGAGAUGUGGCUUAAGACCAGGACUGAUGGCCUAUUCAACAGCCACUGUAAUGAGAAGAAUAAUUAUGCCAAGGAGCUCAGGGAGUUUCUAUUCAAAAUGCUUCCACAUCACAAAACCCAUAGAUUCUUCACCUUCCUUUGGUGGACACAGGGCAUAGAUCACCUGUUUAACUAUGGUAGGAAGUUGGAUCAACCAUUUUUGAAAAUGUUCAAGACUAUAUCCCAGAGUGGUCUGCUGAAAAGGACCCUCCUGUUGGUGAUUUCCAAUCAUGGGUUAAACAAGGGUAGUUUCUACGACACUGUGCAGGGAAAAGUGGAGGAGAAUCAGCCGCUGGCCAUGUUGUGCUAUCCCAGAUGGCUGGAGGAGCGAUAUCCCCAAGCUAUUGGCAACUUGAAGAUCAACAAUCAUCGUCUGGUCACAGCUUUUGAUCUGCAUGCCACUCUUCUGGAUUUGCCGAAUCUUACGUCCCUCGAGGAUGAACAACUUCAGCAGCGCAGUGUGGACCUAUGGGCCUUGGGAGAGAAUCUUCCACGAGGUAUUAGCCUAUUCUUGCCCAUACCAGACCAUCGGGACUGCACCUUGGCGGAAAUACCCACGGAAUUUUGCCUGUGUCAGCAUCGCAGAAAUGUCUCCACUUCAGAUGGAUAUGUUCUUCGGGCAGCCCGUCUAAUUAUCCGUAAUCUGAAUAAGAUUAUCCUAACCCAUAAUCCUCCCUGCCAAACUUUAUAUCUGGAUCGGGUCCUCAAGGCUGACAAAUGGCGACGCCUGGCAGAUGAGCACCAAUCUGAAUUCCGGGUGAGGUUGCUGGCCACUCCGGGUGGAGGUCAGUUUGAAGGAGUCGUUAGGUAUUCGGGCUAUAAGCUGGCCAUAGAUGGUCCCAUAAGACGGAUUAAUAGUUAUGGAAAUGAUUCGUACUGCAUUCAAAACUAUUUGAUAGAAAUGUACUGUUUUUGUUCUUAA